CUCCCAUGAACACAAUCAUUCUUCAUUUUAUGAUUGCAAAUUGCAACAAAAAUGGUGCCACACAUUGUUCUCAUUGCAGGCUGCUCUUGCUAGAUAAAAUUUUAGAGAUUUUCGUGUGAUUUCACAAGUUUGAUUUGUUUCUUAUCGUUAAAAUACUUGUUUUCUGAUGUUUAAUGUUCCAUGUGGAUAUAGAAUUUUAUAAUUCUUGUGUUUAAAUUUUCACAUUAAAUAUGUCAGGAAGCUUCAGUGUUCAUACUAACCCAAGUGUCAGUGUUCAGAUAUCUUCGUCAGGAGGGCCGAACAAAUUCAUACCAAUUGAAAAGAACAUCUCCAGGCAUGAAACUAUUCGUGCCGUAAAGGGAAGGUUGGAAGUAAUCACUUCUGCGGACAGAAAUACGAUGACUGUAAAAGUUUUUAACAGAAACGAUGAAUUGGUGUGUGUUUUGGAUAAUGAUGAUCGACUUCUAGGCUCUUACCACAUUGAUGAUGGAAUGCGGUUACACGUUGAAGACGAGUUCCGUUUAAAACAAAGUCUCGACAAUGACGCAAAUGUUGAAAAGUUUGUUAUGCCUGAAGAAGAAUACAGUAAACGUACAGAGAAGUCAUCGUCAGUGAAUGGUGGAUUCCCGAUGGCAUGUCCAGCAAGAAGAAAAUCGGACUUGAUUCACAAAGACACCAAACAACCUAGGAGACCAAGGGGAUGUUUUUUGGAAACAAAUUUUUCUGAAGAUUCGAAUUUGGUAACCAGUCAACCGGACACUAAAGAGGAAGAAACCACCAGGACAAGUGAACCAGUGGGACAAAAUAACGUUGGUAGGAGAACUCCCGUCCCAAACGAAAGUUGUUUGGAAACAAAUCUUCCUGAAGAUUCGAAUUUGGUAACCAGUCAACCGGACACUAAAGAGGAAGAAACCACCAGGACAAGUGAACCAGUGGGGAAUAAGAACUUUUUUGUGAGAAAAACUUCGGCUGAAAUUUCGAAGAAGGCGCUUGUGUAUUCGCCUGCGCCCGUUGAUAUUGCAACAGCGAGUUUCUCUGAACUGUCAAUGGCUUUCAGUAAAGCAAACCGACUCGAGUCAGCCUUGAACCCCGCGUUGAACGCGAUCGCAAUGAACUCCAAGUUGAGUGUCGAUGCUGAAGAAUUCACACCUUCCAAAAGAAUACCCAUCAUUGAUCCACGUACCAAUCAAGAGAUAGCCCUCGAUGACAUUGCUGUCUACCAGCCAACCAAUCAUCGAACCUUCUUUAUUGAUGAAAAUGUUGUCCAUAACCUGUUUCAAAACUCUGCAUAUCGUGAUUCAUCCGAAGAUGGAAUCAAUAUAAAUACUACCGACAACGAAAUCGGUAGGACAAUAGACUACAUAGUGAGGCAACUGCUCGUGAACCCAGGCUCUUUGGACGAUUUAAUGAAAGUAUUGAAAGACGAUAUCAAGCGUUGGGGUUUUCGUGAUGUGACAAUCGCUUUCAUAAUGACUUGUAUCAUUGAUGCCACUAUAUCGUUGGACAACUUCGCCUAUCUUGGGGCGAAAAUUUGCUGUCAUCUUGAUAAGAUUGUUUCAAAACUUAGACCCAACAUUUCAAUCAGAACUCUAGUGUUGACCGCUUGCGAGGAUAAGUUCUCUGAGUUUGAAAACUGGCUACUGGCGGAGGAAACUAGAAAUACAGCUUAUAAUUUCAUCUUUUUCCUAGCCGAACUUUAUGAUCAGCUGCUGGUGCAAAAUGCACGCAUAAAAGCUCUAUGGGAGGCGUUGUGCGGAACGUACAUUAUACUCAUGAAAGAUCCGAACAAUAGUUUCAGUAUUCGCUGCCUGUGUAAAGUCUUGAAGCUUACAGGGCGCAAUCUUUAUCAAGAUAAUAGGUUGAUGUUGCAAGGAAUCAUUGCUCAGUUGGAAGAGAUUAGUCGGUCGAAUAUGUUUGACUCGCAAACGGCGGCCAUGUUGUCCAGUGUGAUUGGUCUGGCAAAUAGUCAUUGGGGUCUCGACGAGAGUCAGCUGACCACCAACCACAUUGAUUCAGCGCAUCGCAGCGAAGGCAGGGGAGCCGAGAUGUAUGGACCUGACGGACGUGUCUUGACCACAGACGAAAAGAAGUUCCUCGCAGACCACUGCCUGGAGGUGGCUGAAGAUGAAGAGGAAUAUGGCCUCCAGGACAGUUACGUGGAUAGUGAUGACGGCAUGGACGAGGAAAUGCAGGAAGCAUUUGAACAAUUCCUACUAUCAGUUCCUGAAGCUCGAUAAAUAAAGACGCACCAAACUUACCUUGAAAUGAAAUAUCUUGCACUCCCAUACCCAACCUUUCACUGCUCUACCAUUUUUUUCUUGAUUGGGUGAAAAAUAAAUUGAGAAGCAGACGUUUUCAGCAUUGAGAAUAAAUUUACUCUGAUAGCAACUUUUUUCUCACACAAGCAUCGAAUUUAUGAUGACAUAUUAUAAAUAAGUAUUACAUGUGCCCUUCUUUUGAGGCUGAGAAUCUUCACGUUGAACAAAUCAUCCCAGACUGUUCGCAAGAUGUCUUUCUGGACUAUAGCUACUGCAUCAGCUAUCCUGUUUUUCAGCUCCUCAAUAUCACGUUGUAUGGGAGGAAAAUUAACCGAUUUAUGGUACGUCAAAAAUAUUUGAAGAUCUUCAACAUCACUAUGCAGUAGCUUCAGUCCAAGAAUACAUUAUUUCAAGAACAGUGGAUAUGGCUACCAUCUAGAUGUCGUUCCUGCCUCAGAAGAAUGGCUUAUAGAACACUUGUAAUAUAUAUCAUCUUAAACUUCUGUGAGAUGAUGUAUGCUCAGUUUUUGAAAUGAAUAUAAUUGUUUCAUAUUGGGAUAUUCUUUUUGAAUCACCUGUAUGUGGUUGUGAGAAACAGACUAUAAUAUUUCAUAAUGAAGCUUUAAUAUAUUAUAAUAGAUUCCAAAAACAUGUGUUUCGUAGUAAAUGUUUAGGGAGUGCAAGGUAUUGAAAGAUGUGAUGUACAUGAUUAUUCAAUAUUAUGAACCCAUUAUUAGAAAUUCAUAUGUGCUGAAGUACUGAUCCGAAACAAACGAUCUUUAAACCAAUGUAAAGAAAUUAUUCCAAAGUUUUUUUUUACAAUAAUUACGUUAGGCCUCUAAAAUACUUGCAUCCUAGGACGCGCAGACAAGCCGGGCAAGUGGUCAAAGAUAAAGAUGGUUUAUUCAGUAUAAUCAAGUUUUAAAAAAUGAACUCAUAAUUUAGAAUAAAUCUGUACAUGAAAAAUUGAAUUACUAUGUCUAUACUUUAUUAUUAAUUAUAAACUCGAUAGCAGUGCAAUGGUAUAAUAAUUAAUUUUGUGACUGAUGGAGAAAACUGGUCUACAUUUGUAAUCACUCAAGCUCUAGUAUAUAGUUAUAAAAUAAUAAUAAUUCAGUCGAUUGCCUGAAAUAAGAAAUUUCAUUCAUUAUACCAAUUAUUUACAAUUAUGCCAACUCAAUUUUCAUUCAGCUGGCAUUUGAAUUGUUUUCUUUUGCAUAAUUAUUAGAAUGAUUAGAUUCGAUUACAUUGAAACCAUGUAAUGAUUAUGAACAAUGUAGGAUGAUUGAUUAUAAUGUUAUUACCAGAUUCAUACUAAAGAGCAAAUGAGAAAAUGACUUCUCUAACAAAUUGUGUGUUGAUAAUGGUGGCCUAGCGUAUGUGGCACGCUAGUGCAGCAGAACGGCAGUGACUCGGUUGUCGUAGGAAAUGCGGACGGCAUAUUCCUUUCUCUGAGAGCCAACACCCCCAUAGAGCGACCGACGUAGGCAGGUGGUCUGCCUGUGAGUGCCAAAUGCCUGUCACUGCCCAUGACGCGCCACUGGUAGACUGCGUCGAGCACCGUAAGCCACUGACCACGCUCGAGGCGAGUGAGGCUGCAUUAGCCAAACACCAGUUGACAAGGGGCACAAACUAUGGCGUGUCAGCACUGAGAAGCUGAAUAGAAGACAGGAGUCACUGCGCACGUUGUGCACGAGAUCAGCACAAAUAAUCUGAAACUGGGCGUUGGCUCAGCGUGCAUUGGAGGAGGACAAGUGUAAACGUCUGCAAAAUUUGGUUUUCUCAAUAGCUGUCUUUGUAAUAUCAUGCCAUAAUAAUUUACUAUUAUCAACUGAUCGCUAAGUUAUACAUUAUACAUUCUCUUUCCUAGAAAAAAAUUCCGCACAACAUUUUUGGAACGGAAGUGUGGAGAGACAACUUCCACUGCUAUUGAUUGGUGAAUAGUAGGAGACAUGUAAUAAUUGAAGUCGGAUAGGAUAAAAUCAAAAUGGUGGAAUGAAAACGUUUAGCUUUAAGGUGCGUUUGUAUGGCACGAUUGAGUACUCUUAAUCUACUCUAGAGCUUUUCUACUUUCGAAAAGCUGUCCAGAAUCGUAACUUCACGAGUCUAUUGAUUAUUGAAAUUAAUGUCAGGCACAUUAAUAACUAUAAAUAACCAUUGAAAUGUGAAUGUCUGCUUUUCAAGUGAUUGUUUCAACGUGUCUCAUGUUUGCAGAACGUUUUUUUUCAUGAGUAAUAUCGCAUGACAAUACGGUAUUGUUCAAAUCAAGUGAAGUAAUAAAACUAAUACUUUGAGUUUCUUCUAGUCUUUGACUAGUCGGUCAACCCAAUUUUGAAAUUUUAUAUUUAUCGAACAUCUAGGGAUAUUAUAAAUCCGCUGUUCUGUUAUUAUUCAUUCGAAUUUUCAUAGAUGAAUAAAUUCAAUAUUAUUUACUUUCAUUGAGUAUAGCUUGUAAUGCCGUAGUCUUUGUAAUCAAGUGCCAAAUAAUUGGUUACUAGUGAUUCCUAUACAGAGUUGGUGAAAAUGAUGGACCCAGCUCAAUAUUUCUUUUACAAGGAUAAUUUAAUAGUAGGUUAAUUAGGAUUAUUAGGGAUCCUAUUUGAAUAAGAAUUCUAGUUCGUAGAAAACUACGUUUUAUCGCUAUAAAAUUUUGGUCCGUCAUUUUGAAUCCCACUUGAAGUUUUAAAUAGUAAACUGAUCCUAUGAUACAUGAUAUUGGUAUGGAAUUUCAAGAGAAAAUGAAUGAUGAAAACUGCACAUCCAUAUUUUGAACAGUUUAAAAGUUAUUCACAUUAAAAAUACUCUACUACUAAAUCACACAAAAAAUGAAAUAAAUGAAUGGGUACAUGUAAAAUCGGACAAAUUAAAAUUUUCUGUUCAAAGUGUUGAGUAUGUGAGUAGAUUAAAAAUGAAAUUUGAUGGUUUAGAUUUUUUAAAUUUUCUAUGUACAGUACUAAGUUAUUCCAUUUCUGUAUGAUUUGUUAGUAUUUCCAAAUGUGAAUAACUUUUAAACGGUUUGAAAUAUUUAGGUGUGAUUAUUGUCAUUCAUUUUCUCUUGAAACUGUAUAGAAAUUAAUCAUGUACGAUAUUAUUAAAAAAUGAAGUUUGAUUCAAAAUGGCGGAAUAAAAUUUUGAUGCGACAGAAUAGUAGUUUUUUUUAAUCGAAUAGGAUCCCAGUGAAACCUACUGUCGAACUAUCCUUGUAAAAAAAAUUGAACUGUUACUGUACCAUAAUUUUCAACAACUCUGUAUAUGUUGUUAGAUUUUUUCAAAAUUUAGUUUAAUCAUCAAAUGUUACUGCCUUCAGCUAAAAGUCAAAAAUAUGAGUCAAUUUUUUGGUUGCACUCUUUGAUAAUUUCAUGACAUCUGUUAAUUUUUAUUAAAUUCCAAUUUUGAUAUAAUAUGUAAAGAAUUAUUGUAUGUGAGAUUUUUGUAAUUAGUAUUAAUUUAUAUCCCAAACUGUUGUAGGUUCUGUAUAAUUUUGUUGAAAUUAUGAGAUUUUCAAAGUUUAUCACUCUAGGCUUUAGAAUUAUUUUUAUAUUUAACGUCGAUACGAUUAAAUUUUUUUUUCAUUUAUUACAAGUAAUCAUUUUCAACUCUGGAGCACUACUUCGUUCUGCCUGAUAAUUACCUGUAUGGUGGCGAAAUGAAGUUGUUCAAUUAAAUUAGUCAUUUCUCACAAAAUUAGUCAUUCCAAAACAGCCCUUCAAUAUGAGUGUGUAAAAAUGUCUUACGAAAUUUCUCUCUUAUACUAAUUGAACAUCUCACUACUCUUGAUAAUUAUUAUAAUUUUUUUAUGAAAAUUGUAAUUUUUCAAUAAGAAAUGUUCGAAACGAUACUUGAUUGAAAACCUUGAUAGUUUAUCGUUCAAGUGGCUGUAUUAUUAAUAAAGUUUUGGUUUUUGAAAUAAACGUAUUUUUCGGAAA